AUGCCCGCCACCCUGCCACCAUUCUCCGACCUACCGAUACAGCGCCCAGGACCGCCUUUGAACGCUUGGGGUCUCUACGGUCAAGAUGACGAGUUGGGUCGAUUGAACCUCAUCACUCCUGAAGCGAGAUUAAAGGGUGCAAAAGCUGUCAAACAUGGUAUUGCCAUCAACUUGAACAUGCCUCUGGACUUCCCAAAACUUCACGCUGAGCGAGGUGCGCUGGAACAUACCAUAAAUCACCGUAAACAUGCAAACGAUGAUAUCUUGACGUUCAAUACCCAAGGAUCUUCUCAAUGGGAUGGGUUCAGACAUUAUCCCUACCAACAUUAUCCUGAGAAGGGACAGUACAGGUACUAUGGUGAUCAGACGACAGAGGAAGCGAGGGAUAAGUCAGUCCUACGAAAUGGUACUCAGAACUUUGUCCAUCACCCAAUCUCCUCUCGAGCUCACUUACUUGACAUUGAACGGUAUAUCAACCGACACAACCUGAAGCCCCUCACCUAUUUUGCCGAAUCGUCAGGGAUACCCGUAGAAUACCUCGAGGACUGUGCAAAGGAGUCCAAUGUGGAUAUCCAACCUGGAGAUAUCUUGAUCGUCAGGAUAGGCUACAUUGACGCGUUGAUGAAUCUCCCGGAAACAGAGAGGAACACACUGGUCGAACGAGAGGUCAGAGCUUGGCCCGGGGUAGAACCUAGCGAGGAGAUGAUGAAGUGGCAUUGGGAGAAAGGGAUAGCAGCGGUCGUCACGGACGGCGUGGCCUAUGAGAAGAUACCGUUUCCACCUGAUAAGCUCUCAUUACAUCAAGUGUUCUUGGCCGGUUGGGGUUUACCCAUUGGCGAGUUGUUCGAUCUGCGCAAACUCGGAGAAGAGUGUGCGAGAUUGAAUCAGUACACUUUCUUGUUCACCAGUAUGCCAUUAUACGUCAAUGGUGGGAUCGCCAGUCCCCCGAACGCUCAGGCAAUCUUGUAA